AAGAGCGAGCUCCUUUGCUUCUCUACCCUUUCAAACCCUACCCAGAUUUCUCAAUUUCUUUCUACCUUCUCCUUUCACAAACAAAGAGGCAAUUACAAAUGGCUGAGGCAGCUUUGAAUAUGACUCUCGACGAUCUCAUCAAGAAGAAUAAGACCGGUACCGGAGGUAAACCUCGCGGCAGAGGCCGCGGCGGCGCCUCCGCUGCUGGACCUUCUCGCCGGUUCCCUAAUCGUUCUGCUAAUCGAGCUGCACCUUAUUCCACCGCCAAGGCCCCUGAAGCUUCGUGGAAUCAUGAUAUGUUCGCGGCAGAUCAAGGCAACGUCUUUGGACAAGCUGGUGGUCGGGCGUCUUCCAUAGAGACUGGGACUAAGCUCUACAUCUCCAAUCUUGAUUACGGUGUCUCCAAUGAGGAUAUCAAGGAGCUCUUUUCAGAAAUUGGUGACCUGAAACGUUAUGCUGUUCAUUAUGAUAGGAGCGGGAGAUCAAAGGGAACGGCAGAGGUGGUUUUCUCACGUAGACAAGAUGCAGUAGCUGGUGUUAAAAGGUUCAACAAUGUUCAGCUUGAUGGAAAGCCAAUGAAGAUUGAAAUUGUUGGAACCAACAUCGUCUCUCCUACUGCCCCUUUUCCCAAUGGUGCUUUUGCUUUUGGAGACGCUAAUGGAGUUCCUAGAAGGCCUCUUCACCCACUCCUUAGAAAGGUCAUGCAAAGAAGAAGUAUAUAUAUUUGAUCGUGGGACGUGGAGCACAUUUUUGUCCAACCUUGCAGCAUUCAUGAGUCGCUAGUUCAAUUGUCCCUCGAAACAGGGUCGAGAAGUUCCAUGCAUGGUUGGCCCCGGUCCUUUCUUUCUAUCAGUCUCACCCAGCAAGCGUGGAACAAAACAUGUUUCGACAAUUCCCCAACAUAAAAAGAAUUGAGCCUAUCUUUCAAUUUCUAUAGGCUAGAUUCGCGUUCCCUUUCCAGACUAUCAAGGAUUUCAAAGAUCUGUCCGCUGUUUCUGGAUGUUACUUCUGGCAGUAAAUUUUAAAGCAGUUUUACAAGACUGGUAACUGUAGUUCACAGUAGUAAGAAAUUCAUGCAUAUACGAACAAAGUGGAGAAAUUAGCUAGUUUAGUCCGAGCUCUUCAGUUGAAGUG